AUGUUGCAGGACAUGGUUCACCAUCAAGAACAGCUUCCCCUUGAAGAAAUUUCAAGCCCCAUUAAUGCUCAGAUUUUCGACUUCUGUGAGUCUGAAUUAUUUCCAGAGACUCUACAAAAUUCUGAAGUUGCUUCCAACUCAAACUGUUGCUAUGAAGAGCACUCUUCCUAUUCUACAAAUCUUUCCCUUACUCCUGACAUGAACAGCAUGACCUCCACCAUGACCACAACCACAACUAACAACAAUAGUAAUCUAUCUGUAAUCUUUGACUCCACAGAUGAUAUUGAAAAUGACAUCUCUGUUUCCAUAGACUUCGGUAAUUCUACAGCAUAUAACAUUCCUCAGUACGUCCAUAACCAACUAGACCAGUUCGAUUACUCUUCCUUGAAUGCUCGAAAACCCCCUGCUGUCCCACUUAUGGCGCCUCCGAUGCCUCCUGUUUAUGAAGAGGAAUGCUUGUCUGCCAUGCCACCUUACAUGCGCUUGAGUACAUCUUCGCCUUCUUGUUCUCUACUUGAUCCUACUAUUGGACCAUACCUGCCAGGGAAUCUCAAUGCUGCAUUAGCAGCAGAAAAUCCAGGAAUUUUCUCUGGUGGUUGCCUUUUCCUUGGCACUGAAUUGCCACCUCAGGAAUUAGAAUUCCAAGGAGAAAAUGGUGGAAUUUUUUGCCCGGAUGCCAUGCCCCGAGUUUAUAACUGCAGCACUGAGCUUCAGGCAAUUAGUAAUGAGAGUCAACAGUUUGUUAAUGGAGCUGGAAAUUCUACUCCCUUGGCAUCAGAGAUAUCAAAUCUAGAUGAUCCAACUUUCAAGGUGGGCAAGCUCACUGUUGAAGAAAGGAGAGAAAAGAUACAUCGGUAUAUGAAGAAGAGAAAUGAAAGGAACUUCAGCAAGAAAAUCAAGUAUGCAUGCCGCAAAACACUGGCAGACAGCAGGCCUCGUGUUAGGGGAAGGUUUGCAAAAAAUGAUGAGCUGGAGAUGAAUAGAACUGCUUGUAGCAUCAGCAACCAAGAAGAGGACACAGAUGAGGAUGUGGUCGUGAAAGAUGAAGAUGAUAUGGUUGAUUCCUCAGAUAUUUUUGCACAUAUCAGUGGCGUGAACUCUUUCAAAUGCAAUCCUCUCCAUCUUGGAGUUGAACAGCUUUAACUUUGUGCAGCCUUCCUUUCAACAAUUUUGCAGAGGCCUUUCUUUCAUCAGCAGGAGUCAUUAAUCCUA